ACUUGCUGUCACGGAGCCUCCAACUGACUCUGCCUUCCAUCUUGGCAACCCCAUUUUUCCUGGGGUUUUCACUGCUUAAUCCGGCAGGAUUUAGUGCAGAGGUUGAAAGCUGUUUUUGGUUUUUUUUUUCCCAACCCGAAGGAAUGUCCCACCAUAUAUGAUAGGAAAGAGACUGUUGGGAAAAGGCAGCUGGCCUUUUGAGUACCUUCGUGGUGUGAACCGGGGUUAUGCAUCUGGGGAAGUCAUAAUCAUGAACCUAAGGUGUCCAUUAAUAUUUAUCGGCUGAGAAAGCCUUAUUGCGCUUAAAAGCCACAAAUUUAGAUUAAGCACAUGAUGGCUUUCAUCGAACAAGAAGCCAAUGAGAAAGCAGAAGAAAUAGAUGCAAAGGCAGAAGAAGAGUUCAACAUUGAGAAAGGUCGUCUGGUGCAGACCCAAAGACUGAAGAUUAUGGAAUACUAUGAGAAGAAGGAAAAGCAGAUUGAACAGCAGAAGAAAAUUCAAAUGUCCAAUCUGAUGAAUCAAGCCAGACUCAAAGUCCUCAGAGCAAGAGAUGACCUCAUCACUGAUCUGCUAAAUGAGGCAAAGCAGAGACUCAGCAAGGUGGUAAAAGAUACAACCAGAUACCAGGUGCUGCUGGAUGGGCUGGUCCUCCAGGGCUUGUACCAGCUGUUGGAGCCUCGGAUGAUUGUGCGCUGCAGAAAACAAGAUUUCCCUUUGGUGAAGGCCGCAGUACAAAAAGCAAUUCCUAUGUAUAAAAUUGCCACCAAAAAAGAUGUUGAUGUCCAGAUUGACCAGGAGGCCUACCUGCCUGAGGAAAUAGCUGGUGGAGUUGAAAUCUAUAAUGGGGAUCGCAAGAUAAAGGUUUCCAACACUCUGGAAAGCCGGCUGGACCUCAUAGCCCAACAGAUGAUGCCGGAGGUCCGGGGAGCCUUGUUUGGUGCAAAUGCCAAUAGGAAGUUUCUGGACUGAGCCGGGGGAGGUGCAGUUCAUCAAGGCUAUACUGGAGAAGCAGAUAUCUGUGUGGCUUCCUCUUUCUGUUCUAAUCCUGGUAAUCAGUGGAUACCCUCUGCAGCUCAUGCCCAAUGUCAACAGAAGGGCCAGGCCACUUGGUGUGGACAGGAGCCCAGCCCCAGCUCAUCUGACAGCACAGCUGUGCGCUGGUUCUGAGCAGGAUGGGAGGGGUCAGAUGAUGCUGUGUGGCCCUCCCCAAGGACCCAUUCCUUCUCUGCUCCUAGUCAUCUAGAGUGAGUUGUGCAUGCAGUCCCCUGCUCUUCGGGUGUAAAGUGCAUGCUGGGCUCACGUUCCUCCAACACCAGCUUCACUGUUACUAUUUGGGUCUGGUUUUCCUUAUCUGUAAACAUGAUUUAAAAUCUAAGCCACAAAUACUCUUUAUUUAUUAAAACAAAAGGUUUAUGUGGA